AUGGAUAGAUCUUUUCAACAAUUUUACCCGGGGAUGCCUCGGAACUCCUUUCCAAACCGCAUGCGUCCUCCGUCUGUAAGCAGUAGACCGGCUUCACCAUCAAUGAAAAAGGCAGCGCUUAGCCAAGGCCGUUUCAGUUUGUCAGCACGCUCAAAUCCCUCCAUUGUUGGCAUUCGAUCAGAGUUUAAUAUGGUAGAAAGUUUCGGAUUUCAAUUACCGGUAAUGGUCAAUGAAGCUCUAACUUUCAAUGAAAAAAAUCAAAAUGUGUCAGUACGGUGUGCUCCCAACGGUUGGGCUUGGGUAGUACAUGGUCGUCGUCUGCUCAUUUGGCAAUAUAAAGACACAAAACGCACGGGUGAAAACACCUCUCCUCGCACUCCUAAAGAAUUGUUGCGCGCGCAACAACGUAGAGGUACUGCUAUGGCACAAUGCCGCGAAUUAACUUUACCGCACUGUGAUAUUGGUCAUAAAGCUUCUUUAGUUAGUGUGUUUCUCGGCGAAGGUCAACAAAUGGCAUCAUGUGUGGCAGUUUCACCCACAGGCGAUGUGCGCUAUUGGCCUUCAAUUGCACAUGAUGGCUCUUCAGUUGACGUUAGUGGAAUAUUAGAUGGGCAAGAAUUCGACCAAAUACUAAAUAUGCCCCAUCAACAAGGUUAUUUAUUAGUGACAACUACAUGCAGUUUAGUACUGUUACAGCUGCAGUUGGUAAAUGGACGGCACGUCAUGCAACAUAGGACUAUACGUCAACCAGCAGGCUUCUUAGGUGGCAUAGGAAAAAAGUUUUCAAUCAUUAUGGGCAUGAAUAGUGGCAGUGAUAAGGAAAAUAAAUUUGUGGGUAUCUCUUGUGAGGCCGGCACAAAUGGAGAAGCUUUUAUUACUGUUUUGGCUGAUCGUUGGUUUCAGCGCUGGCGCUUAUCGACUGGCGGUACUGUGGAGCAAAUGCUUUAUGAGGACAUUGAUGUAAUUCGUAAAAUACGUGAUGAGUUUCAGCACAAAUUCUGGAACGUACGAGACAAUCUCGAUAUAAGCUUACACCUUUUGGAUAUGCAAAUUUCCGAUGGCAAAAUAUUCGUGCUUGGUGGUGCGGUGAACACUGUACAUGCGCCACAAAUUCACUACGGCGUAGCCAUUAUUACAUCGGAAAACGAAGGAAUGAAAUUGCAAAGUUUUAUUCCGCUCAAACUUACACAAUUUUAUAAUCUCGGCACCGAAAAGGAUUGCUACAAUCUACGAUUUAUUGUCACUCGCACUCAUCUCUUUUUCUAUACCGACAAGUAUAUUUACCCUUUGAACUUAUCCAAUCCGGCAAUAGCUGAAAUGGAAGCAGAAAAAAUCGAGUUUCACUUGCAGGAUGAUCGUAUUUUAAAUGCUGCUAUCUGUGGACAAUUGCCAUUAUUUUUCAGUCGCACACACGGCUUAGUUUGUGUAACACCAGGCGAUUUUGAUACAUUAGACUUUAUGAACUCGUCUUUUGCGAUGGUAGGCAACGGUACUACAGCAGCAGAUAUAAGCAAUUUGUCACCCAUGGGUGCUGAUACAAGUGCAUUAUUUACCAGCCAAAUUAACGAGAGUAAUUUAUAUAUGUUCGAUUUGGAUCCAGAUGCUAUGUAUAAUGAGUUUAAGGAUGAGGUUAGUCAAUUGAAAGCUGCUUUUAUUUAUCGCCUUAAACAUAACAACAACAUGUGCAAUACAAUAUUGAAUGAAUUGCUGCGGAAUAUGGCAGAAGGACAGACAGGAUCUACGGGUGUUGUGGAUGCUAACCAAUUGGAUAGAAUUGUUAUAACAAUUGCCGAAGAUUUGGCUGAAGAUUUACCAGCUGCAGAUCCACGCUGGGAACAAUUAUGGACAGAGGGUGGUCAUAGUAACAAACAUGCAUUAGGGAGUUCAUCUUCCUUGCAGAUACUUACACAAUUGAAGGAGAAGAGUUUGGCACUUCGCCAUUUUGUUGAGUUUCUACACAGCACUGGAAUAUGGGAAAAGCUCGACGCUGUACCUAGUGGCGGCGGUAGCGUAUUGAAGCCUACUUGCUAUAUAUUAGCUGAUAUAAAUGAAAAACUCGUUGGAGCUAUAGCUUUGAGAAGCAUACAAAACAAAUAUGGAAAAGUUAUCGAUGAAGCUAUAAAUCGUGUAGUUUCAACUUGGCAGGAGAAUCCUCAAGGUAAUUUAACCGCACAGGAUAUAUUCUACGUACGAAUAUGCAAGUUUCAGGAGGUUUUCCAAGCACUUGCCGAUUUUGUAGACAACCGCAUUGAAUCACAGCAGCAGACCACAACGUUAGCCAGUCUCAUAAGUGAUGUUAAUAGUAUAAUCCUACACGUUAUAACUGAGGUCCACACUAGUCGCGAACGGAAUUCCUCGUUAUUUACACUGCCAGAAGAGAAAGAAAAUAAAUAUGAAUACUUACCAUGGUCAGCAAUGUCGGGUAGUGUGGGCAUACGUGACACAUUGUCACAUCUUAUUGAUGUUUCGGUUCGUUACGGCACACAUUGCACCAGCGAGCCAGAAUUGAAGCAACGUUUAUAUAAGCAAAUAUAUGAGAUUAUCGAUCACAUUUUGGAUGGUCGCAAAAAUUAUCUAGAUAGUGUACGCGAUAUGGAGAAGUGCAACGUUUUGGUACAACAGUUCGAAUCGCAGCGACGUGAAUUAAUAUCAAUUUUGAUCGAUGACGAACAGUACGAAUACGCUGCAAAGUUAGCCGAAAAACAUCUCGAUUUUCAAAGUUUGGUUAUUAUUUGUGAUGAAACGAAGAACCAAGAUCGCUUGGAUGGUUACAUAAAGAAGUAUGAAGAAUAUGACUUUUCACAAUUCGCCAUAAAUUGGCAUUUGCGUCAGAACCGUCAGGGUGAAGUUUUCGAACGUUUUAAGGGUAAUCAGGCAGCGUUAUCUCAGUUUAUGCGUGAUCAUCCAACUCUUGGCUGGAUACAAUUGGUCUUCAAUGGCGAUUUUGAGCGUGCAGCAAAGAUACUGCUACAAUUGGCUCAAAACGAGACCGAAUUUGUGCAAAGAAAGAAAGCCAUGCUUUCUCUAGCUAAAUUAGCAGCAUUCGCUUCUACUGACUCUGAUUUGGGCAUACAAUUGGAGAGUAUCAAUGCUGAAUUGAAUAUAAUUGAUUAUCAGGAACAACUAAGUGAGGCUUUAAUGAUAAAUUUCGGCUACGAUGUAGAGAAUCCCAAAGUACUCAAAGUGGAGGAAAUUAUAAAUCUUUUCAUUUCCGAGGAAAACGAAACAGCUAAUGAAUUUGAAUUCCGUAAAGCACUAGAGGUGCUCAAUUAUCUAGAUGAGCCAUAUGAUGUGAGGCAUAAAAUUUGGUGUGCGGCGAUCAUGCGCGAUAAUUGGACCGACUACGAUACGAACAAUGCUGUGGACUAUCUGCAGAAUCUGAUCUUUUUCAAAUUAGUCGAAGUGUGCCAUUUAAUGGAGGGCGAUUGCGAAACAUUUCUUCCACCAAUUGAAGAUUUCUUAAAUAGUCAUGAACUCGGCGAUUUAGUGCAAAACACAUCGUUUCAAUAUCUAUUUAAGUUAACUUAUGAAUAUAUAUCAGAUGCAUUUAAAAAACCAACUGAAACAAGCAUGGAGUUGUGAACAGUAUGUUAGUGCUUAGGGGUUAUUUAUGUAACUUUGUUUAAAAAAAAUACACGUUUUUAAGAUUCCAUAAACAUACUGAUGUCAUCAGAUCUGGGUAGUCAAUAAGCGCAUUUUUAAAAUUUUUUUUUUUGAAUAAUUCAAUUAUUGAAUUCAGAUCAGAAACAAAGUCGAGCAGCUGUAUUUAUGGACUAUACUUGUAUAUGCCAUUGUUAUCGCGUCAUAAGUGUGGUAUUUGCCCCCUUUUUUUUAAACCACUGCCUUUUUAUUUUUCCUCAUUUGCAAAUUGUUGGAAUAUGUGUAUGUGCGGUUUUUUAAUUGUCGUGUGAAAAAUUCAUAUUUUAUUCAGAUAAAAAUGAUUAAAAUUCAAUAUUGCAUUAUCAUGUAAAAGGAAAUUGGGUUUGAUAAAAACCAGAAAACUU